GUGAUAUGCGGGUUAUAUGAAUGUUGCGAACUAGUUAAGGAGUUGACCUUGGAUGUCCAUUGUUCUUCAAUGUCAAAUAUAUGUCCUCGCUUGAUAGACUACUUUGUAUUUGUUGGAUCACGAUUACCUGGGAAUUUAAACUCUGUUCAGUCCCCCGAAAUUCUUUGUCGAUUCCCUCCUACAGAUCACAAGGAUUUCCCGCUCCCUACAGAUGUGUCUUUCUUUUGCCAGCCUGAAGGAUGUAUUAAUACCUCCAGCAACACAUUCCCUAUAAAAUCUUUGAAUAAUGGCCACAAUGGAAUAAAAUCUGUGACGUUUUUAUUUUCAUUAACUGAUAAAGAUUCCAGUAAAACGCGUUAUGGUAUUUGCAUCAACUUCUUUAGACCAGUUAAUGCUAAUAGAUCUAGUAGAAAUUCGGACGUAUCCGUUUCACAUUCCAAUGAAUCUUAUAGAUCACUUGAAACUAUCCAGGAUAACUCCUCAUCAAUUGUAAAACAGAAUAAUACGAAUAGUACCUAUAGCUUAACGUCAAUAUGUUUAAUUACCCAUUAUGCUUUUGCCACGACAUUUGCACAACUGGUACAAUAUAUACAUGCAAUUCUAAAGAAGCUACACAAGUUAUCAAAACCUGGAUGUGUGGAUAG